GGUCCUAUGUUUGGCCCAACAUUCAUUCAUACUUGGCACCCAGGGCACCUACCUGAUCAACGUCCAACACGAAGGUUGGUGCCAGACUUGGGACACAGCAUUUUUUUUAUUUACCUGUUUAUUUAUUUACGAAACUCCAAGUCCAAGAGGAAAAAGGAAGGAAUGAUAUAGCCUGGCCUUGACUCAUUCGAUCCCAUCAUCUCAUCAGCGACCAAGCGCAUUCAUUCAAGAGAAUCAUUUCACGCCGAGGCCAUCUGACCAGAUGGCCUCCAUCCUCCGGCAGAUCGUCGCCGGGCCGCGCGCAAAACACCAAGAGACUGGUCUCGACCUGUGCUAUGUGACCUCCAACAUUAUCGCAACAUCCGGCCCCUCCCAGACGUACCCGCAGCGGGCCUACCGCAACCCUCUCGACCGCCUCGUGGCCUUCCUGGACGCCCGCCACGGCGACGACUGGGCCAUCUGGGAGUUCCGCGCCGAGGGCACCGGGUACCCGGACGAGGCGGUCCACGGCCGCAUCCGCCACUUCCCCUGGCCGGACCACCACCCUCCCCCGUUCGCGCUGGUGCCCAGGAUCGUCGGCGGGAUGAGGCGCUGGUUGGACGGCGGCGCGCUGUCGGCAGGCCCGGCCCGUGAUGGUGAUGAUGGUGGUCAUGAUGAUGAUGCCGGUGGUGGCGGGAAUAAGAAGAAGGAGGAGGAGGAGGAAAAGAAGAAGAAUGAGACGGGAGAGGGGGAAGAAGAAGGGCAAGAACAAGGCAACGCAGGAGAAGGAGGAAUAGGAGGAGGACAAGGAAAUGGGAAAGGAAAUGGUCAAGGAAAAAGAAAAGGAAAAAGAGAGAGGGUCGUCGUGGUGCAUUGCAAGGCGGGCAAGGGCAGGUCGGGCACCAUGGCGUGCAGCUACCUGAUCGCCGAGUGCGGGUGGUCGGCCGAGGACGCGCUGGCGCGCUUCACCGAGCGGCGGAUGCGGCCCGGCUUCGGCGCGGGCGUGUCGAUCCCCAGCCAGCUGCGGUGGGUCAGCUACGUGGACCGCUGGACCCGGGCCGGCAAGAGGUACGUCGACCGGCCCGUCGAGGUGGUCGAGGUGCGCGUCUGGGGGCUGCGGCACGGCGUCAAGCUCGCCGUGGAAGGGUUCGCCGAGGAGGGCAGGAAGAUCCGCGUGUUCCACACGUUCAAGGCGGCCGAGCGGUUCGUCAUCGAGCCCGGGGCCCCCGGCGGCGAAGGCAUCCUCGACAUGGUCCAGGACAUGGCCGGGUACGGCGCCAGAGCGGUGGUGGACGAGACCGGCGAGGUGGUGGAGGACGCGGACUACCGCGAGAUCACCAAGGGAGCGGCGAGCAGCAACGGGGAGGACAAGGGGGAAGUGCCCUCCCGGAGCUCUUCCAAAAAGCUCAAAACGUCACUGACUGCGGGUCUUCUGAUGGGCAAGCUGUCGGGUCGGAAACGCGGCUCCUCGAAGGACCUCGUGGGCUUCGCCGAGGCUAGUCGGAAGAGCAAGACCUUCGCGGCGCCCGGCAACUCGGCGGAGGCCUCGUCGGGCGCGUCAUCCCCGGCUGCUGCCGGGCAAGGCGAGCCGCGGUCCCAGUCGACGACCAGCCUGCAGAACGAGGUCGCCUACGCGGACCCUUCCGAGCCGGGCGGGCGGGUCGUCACCUUCCGACCGUCGGAACCGAUCCGCAUCCCCAACAGCGACGUCAACAUCUCGGUGGAGCGGAGGAACCGCGCUCCGGCCAGCGUGGGGCUGACCAUGGUGACGGCGGUCGCGCACGUCUGGUUCAACGCCUUCUUCGAGGGCAACGGGCCCGAGCAGGACGGGCGGGCGGACGAGAGCGGCGUGUUCGAGAUCGACUGGGACAAGAUGGACGGCAUCAAGGGGUCCAGCCGGAGGGGCACCAGGGCGCUGGACAGGCUCGCCGUCGUCUGGCGCGUGGCCGGCAGCACCACCGGCGGCGAGGCCGGGCCGGAGAACGGGGAGGGGAAGGCUGUCACCACACCGCUGCCGGGGGUGGCCAUCAACGAGCCCGGGAAGGACAGCCCGGUGCCGCAGCUGCGGCCGGCCGACUGGAAGGGCGGGAACGACGAGGACCCGGCGGCCGGCAAGCGGCUCGGCCUGAGGGCGGAGGACCCGGAGAGCCGGAGCGUGAGCAAAGCGAGCAGCGUCAGGAGCGACGAGCCGGGAGGUGCAGGGGGAGGUGGGAGUGGUGCGACUCGGGGGGAGCGGCAGGACGCGGGUGAUGAUGAUGAUGAUCAAAUCUCCCUCGAAGGCGUCAAGGUGAGCGGCCCGGCAGGGGAAGACGUCUUGGCUGAGACGCCCGCUGGUGAGGGGCCGACUUCUUCUGCGGGAGAUCAAGGAGCGCGAUAACGCGAUUCUCUGAGCGGAUGGUUUUUGAGCGAUACGUAGUGUAUAUGAAUGAUUCCUGUAUUCCCGGCCUAUAAGUUACGCAUCUGCGGUCCUCUAGAACUAACUCAUCUGUAUUACUCAGUGUCGACGACGUAGAUCUAUUACAUCUCUACACAGGUCCUCCGUCAUCCGUGCCAUGGCCAUUGCUGUUAGUUGACCGUCCUAACAGUCUAUUGUCUUGGAAGGUGAAAAGUAAAAAUGUCUAAAUAGAGAAAGGAAGUGAAUACAUGUAUAAUUAAAAAAGUAGUAUAAAAAAUAACAACAC